UGUGACAGCGCAGUCCUUGCUUUGCCUAGCUCUGGGUUGCAGGUCUCUCAGGUAACAGGUGGCAGCUUCCCCUGUUGGAUUCUAGACAUGUAACAGAGUGACCUCAUAGGGGUGGAGCUCUGGGACUCCGCAGAGGUGGCAGCCACAGCCAGGUAACUGAAGGGAAGCUGUGAGUUCCUUCCUCAAUCCUGGUGGCUUCAGUCCUCACCCAGGGGCACCUUGCUGCCCGGCCUUUCCUGCAAACCUCUGAAGUCCAUCUUCACAGCCAUGGAGCCCAAAGACCCUCCUGGGAAAGAGAACUCAGGCACCAAGAAAAAGAACCUGACUUUCUUGCGGUCCAGACUGUACAUGCUGGAGAGGAGGAAGACGGACACCGUGGUGGAGGGCAGUGUUUCUGGGGACCACUCUGGGGCCUUGAGAAGGAGCCAGUCGGACAGGACGGAGUACAGCCAGAAAUUACAAGAAAAGAUGACCCCACAGGCUGGCGGCCCUGCGGCUGCAAGCCCGAGCCCCGAGGAAGAGCAGCAGGUGGAGAGGAUGAUGGUGAAGCGGGCGAAGAUCAUCCAGGAGCUGGUCCAGACGGAGCGGGAUUAUGUCAACGACCUGGCGCUGUGCGUGCGGGAGGUGGUGCAGCCCCUGAGAAGCAAACAGGUUGAAAGGCUGGAUGUGGAGAGCUUGUUUAGCAACAUCGAAUCUGUGCAUGAGAUAUCAGCCAAGCUGCUGUCCUUGCUGGAGGAGGCCACUGCCAACGUGGAACCGGCCCUGCAAGUCAUAGGGGAGGUGUUCUUGCAGAUUACAGGGCCGCUGGAAGAGAUUUAUAAGAUCUACUGCUAUCAGCACGACGAGGCCCAGAGCGUGCUGGAGUCCUGCGAGAAGGAUGAGGAGCUGAUGCGACACGUGGGCCCCUGUCUGCAGGCCUUAAAGAAAAUAUACGUGCAAGAGGGCAAACCGAACCUCCUGGACAUGGGCUCGCUCAUGAUCCGGCCCAUCCAGCGCCUCAUGAAGUACCCGCUGCUGCUGGUGGAGCUGCGCAACGCCACGCCGCCCGCGCACCCGGACUGCCGGCCGCUGGAGGAGGCCUGCGCCGCCGUGAGGGCCAUCAACGUCAACAUCAACGAGCUCAAAAGGAGGAAAGACCUGGUGCUCAAAUACAAGAAGAACGAUGAGGACGAGUCACUCAAGGACAAACUGUCCAAACUAAAUAUCCACUCAAUUAGCAAGAAAUCAAAAAGAGUGACAAAUCAUCUCAAGAUUCUGACCAGAGGGGAAUCGCAGGUGAAUGAUACUACCUUUAACAAAGAAGAAAAGCUAUUCAGAUGUUUAGAAAAAACCGUGAGGCAAUGUGUGAAGAACAUCUCGUUCUGUCUUCAAGACAUACAGGAUGCGCUGCCCUCUGCUCUGCAGAGUGUGACAGAGCUGCGGGAGAUGUCACAGCACACAGAUGAGGAGGAGCAGGGCUCUACAGAGACCCCAAGGACUGCCCCAGACCCCUGCCACGACUUCGCAGCUCACCUGCAGCAACGCGUCCUGAACCCGCUGUCAGCCCUGCUGUCCCUGUUCCCCGGGCCGCAGAAGCUCAUCCAGAAGCGCUAUGACAAACUGCUGGAUUACAACAGCUACCUGCAGCGGUCCGCGAGAGCAGAGUCGGACCUGGCCAAAAGGGAAUACGAGGCCCUCAAUGCCCAGCUCUUGGAGGAGCUGCAGGCCUUCAACCAGGCAGCUCGGACGAUUGUGAUAAACAGCCUGUGCAGCUUCGUCAGCCUCCUCAGGGAUCUGAUGCUUGCGGCCCAGAAGGGCUACACCACCAUCCUGCCAGUACCACUUUUGGUCUCACGGAUCUGUGACAUUCAGAACCGAGUCCUAGUCGAAAUUCAAAAUCUGAAUUUUGUGAAGGAGAACAGUGCCACCUUUAUUGAGAGGAAACUUAGCUUUGAAAAGAAGAAGCCUGUGCAGACUCAGCCAGAUGUGCCUCGACAAACUGACACCCACCGCUCCAAACUUCUGUCCACGUACAGUGCGGAGGAGCUCUACCAAGCUAAGCGCAAGUGCAAUGCUACCCAAGAGCGUGACAUCAGUCUUCUGGAGGGAGAGCUGGUGGCCGUGGUGGAGCAGAGGGAUCCCCUGGGCAGUGCAAGCAGGUGGCUCGUUGAUACAGGAAUUGUAAAAGGAUACGUCUAUUCCUCCUUCCUGAAACCCUACAAUCCAGCCAGAGCACAAAAGGCAGAUGUGGAGAACAGGCUCUGGGAUGAUGACUUUGACAAUAUCAGCUUCUUUGUGUCUUCUCGACCGGCGAGUGACAGUGUCACGGAAACCCCCGAAGGUAGCAUCAGUGACAGUGGCUCAUUGCUGAGUGGCACUAGUGGGAAGUUUGAAGCAAACGACCCUGAUGGUGAUGCUUUUCAGGAGGUAGAUGAACAGAUUUUCUAUGCAGUUCACCCUUUCCAAGCUCGAAGUCACUAUGAACUGAGUCUUCAGGAAUACCAAAGAGUCCAUAUUCUCAGAUUUUGUGACCUAAGUGGCAAUAAAGAGUGGUGGCUAGCUGAAGCUCAAGGGCAGAAAGGCUACGUGCCAGCUAACUACCUUGGGAAGAUGACUUAUGCUUAAGAAGAUAAAACCGUGACCUUCAUUUCCUGGCAAGGUACAGACUGACUACCUCACGGACCUGACAUUCGGAAACUUCCAACCAGAAAACAAGAAACUUCCAAACUAUAUGAAGUGAUACCCUAUCAGGUCUGAAGGAACAUCAUCCUACGUAACACAUUACUUCAUGAAUAUAUGAUGAAUGCUAAACCAACAAGCAGCAAAGCUAACCAUCUGGGCUCCAAUUAGAAACUAUUUAACCCUGGAGAUGUUUCAAAAGAAUGGAUUUUUUUUUUUUAUUGUCAUUAAAGGCUGGGUCUAAGAAUAAGGUUUUUUCCAUUUACUAUAAACUUUUUUCUUACUAUAUUGUUUUUUUGUUUUAUACUUCUUACUUGUACAUAAACAUGUUUAAAUAUACAUACAUUAUGCAUAUAGCUCGUACAAUUAUGUCUCUAUACCAGAGAGUAUACUAAAUAUACAUAAGAAUAGGAAUUAUUCUAGAAGUCUUUAUGUGGUUUAAGCUAUAAACCAAAGGAAAAAUCUGACUAACGUGACAAUAUCUGACACUGACUUUAAAUGCUUUAUGUGUUGUAGUAACAUAAUUUAAUGUAAUCCAGUGCCCAAAGAUGUGGAGGAAUGUUGCCCAAGUCAAAUGCUAAUGGAUGGUAUGGCGGGACUCAGACCUAGGUAUUCUGUCCCCUGGGUCAAUGCUCCUAAGCACAGCAUUGUGCUCCUCCAAGAUCACACACAUGUGUGUGCAAAGCACUUAGGGCUAUGAAUAAUGAACUGAAGAGGACCAUUCAUUACUCUCUCAUGCCCAACUUUAAGUAUUACAAGCUUUUCAAAAUUAAGGGCCACAAGAACUUCCAUUUCAGCCCAGGGAAAAUGUAUUUAUGUUUAUUAUUUGUUUUUAUUAUUUUGCUUACCAUUUCAGAAGUAUAAUUGUUUGAGAGCUACAUUACAUGAUUGUAAAUGAUGCUUUAAUGAGGACAUGUUUUCGGGCCCCUCAAUCAUCCGGAUGAUGAAUGGGGAAUGUGUGUUCUGUGUUCUGAGCCAAGAUGGACAUAUUUUCAGUUGCUGCUUUGGACUUAGACAAGGCAGGCAUUCAGGAAAACAUCUGCUGUUUCACAGUGUUCUGGGACAUGGAACUUUAAUUUCAGGCAUGUUUUUCUCAAGACACUUUAUUGAACUAAAGAUGGUUUUAUGUCACAGAAAAAAAUUAAAUUACAGUUAACUGCAGUGGGUUCUUUUCAAAAUCAAAUUAAGGUGGACUUUCAUUAUCUACAUAAUGUAUCCAUAUAGCAUUCAAUUUUAAGAUUUGCUACUCUAUUUGAUCCCUAUAAUGUGUAACAUAUAUAUAUCUCACUGAGGAAAACAUACACAAUGAAUGAUGCUACUUUUCAGAAAGCAGCUGGCUUUUAACACACACACAGACAUGUACAACCACAGCAAUUCAGAAGAUAUUCACGUGACAGAAAAGAAUCUGCACUUUAUUCUGUUCCUAAAAUCAUUAAUCUAAAAAUAGCUUUAUAAAAUUUGGCUGUUAUAUAAAAAAGAAUUGUGAUGUGUUAGGUACAUGUACCAGCUCUUCAUGAGGAGUGUAAUCAUUGUGUAAUGCAAGCAUGUGCUGAUAAAAAGCAAAAACUGGGGAAAAAGUAAAAAUUCUAAGUUAUUUUUGUGUGAAUCAUUUUCCUGCUUUGAGUUAGGCACUAAAGAAGAUUCUCUUUUAUAGAUACAUGUAGACUUUUAUCUACUUUUAUGUCUUUUACCUAUUCUUUGUACUAAAUUUGAAAAUUUAAACCAAUUUGCACAGGGUAAAGCAAAAUGAAAUCCAAACUUGCUACCUGUGGAAACUAGGAACAUGCUCAAAGAGCAAAAUAACACAGGAAGAGAAUAUAUACAUACAUGCAUAUGUAAAUACCUAUACCUGAAUAAUCCCAAAAGUGAAGAACUUCGUAAAUAGCGCGACCCUGAGUUUCAGGCUGUUGUGACCUGAGGUACACAGGCUUUGUCCGGUGGGCUGGCCCUGAGGACUGACUUCCUGUCUGGCCUUUGACGGGUGCACUCCACCAGAGUCACAGCUGCAGUCGCUGCUGAGCAACAGCUGUAAUGAAGCUGCCAACUGCAGUUCCCGCUACUGUGGCGAGUACCUGUGAUUCUGUGUAGGCUUUGCAAAAUUAUGCAAGACCCUCAUUUUCUAAAUAUUUUGCUUAAAAGCCAAGGAAAUAGUGAUUUUGAGGAUCAAUAUUAGUUUAUUGAACCCAAGGGAAAUAAACUUCCAAGAAAGUUAUGAGAUGUAUAAAUCUUUAAGACAUUUAAUAGACAAAAUUAUUGGUGGCAAUGCUAUAAUUAGGGGAAGUGAUGCUAAUUAUUUUAUAUUCCUUUUAAAAUGUUGUACAGUACAGGAUCCUCUGACAUCUUUUUUGUUGUUGUUGCUGUUCUUGUUAUUAAGAAUGAAGGAAAAACUAUGUAGCUGUUUUUGUUUUUAAAACAAAUAAGCAUAUUAUACAUUUUGUUUAGUCUUACUCUUAGAGAUCCUCUAAGCUAAUGGUAUAUAUAAUAAAGUUCAGAAAGUGGAAAAGUUGGUGCAGUUAUUCAAAAUUACCAUGGGUGCUAAAAUUGUAUGAAAAAGGCACAAAGCCACUACUGAACAUUCUGUGCAUUUCAGACACAUAUCAUGAAUGUGAAGAUUGAGUCCUGCAACAAAAUAUAAUCAUGUUUUUAAUCAGAGCAGGGGAGCUCUGUGUGACCUACUUUAGUGCUGGAAUAUUCUACGUAAGUCUAAAAUGUAACUUGGACUUUGAAAUGUCUAUUUGAUGAAUGUAACUCAGGUGAGUGACAAAAAAUCACACUACUAAUGCGUGGCAUUAACAACUUCACUUUCCCCAUUAGCCUCUUGGAUUUUCAUCCAUUGCAAAAACCUCUCAAAGCCAUAUGAAUAAGAGGAGAAAAUUUUUGUAUUCUAAGAUGGCACAAACCUCAAAUCUUAUUUACAUCCUAUUUAUUAUAACUGCAGCUUUCUAAUGUAAUUAUAUUGCUAAACACUGAAAAUAUCUGCAACUCACAAAACUCAGACUAAUUAAGACAAAAAUUUAUACUCAUCUGUAAGAGGAAGAAAUUAAAUUUCACUGACUAGGACAUGACUUUAUACUCUAGAAACAUGAUUAUUUUAGGGAAUGACACUGUUUUUUAAAAAUUCUUAAUAUUUUAUACUCUACCUAUAGAUAAAGAUUGUUUUAUUUUUUCAGAAAAAUAAGUCAUGCUUUAGCAAAUAUUAGAAUGAAAUGUUCUUGUUCAAAACUCUAGGAAAUACAUUCUUAAUGUAUACAAAUACAAAUGUAUACAAAUACAAAUUAAAUAAAACUUAGUUUAAACAUUAUGAUAUGUAAGUGAAUUUUUGGUUUUUCUCUGUAAUUUCUUAUGUACUUUGUAUAAUUAUUGUAUUAAUAAAAUUUUAUUAUAAAAUGAA